AGGGAAAGAUUUCAGAGGUGCGACUACAGGAAGUGACGCACGCGGUGCCCGGGCCGCCUCCCGUCUUCCGGUCCGCUCGUUUAUGAAUCGCUAUCCGCCACCGUUCUGGGGGGAUCUCGGCGCUCGGGCUGGAUCCAGUUCAGGAAGGAAGAUGAAAGGCAGUGGGAAAAGCUUUGCAGAAGAACACCUUUAUUUGGAAUUUUCUCAUCAGAUGGAGAAUUGUAUCUUCCCCCUGCAUACAUCUAUAACCUUGUUUCUGUUGUCUUACUGUGACUGCAAAGACUUGAGAGUUUUCUUAGUCUCCAGCAAAGAGAAUGCAGAUGUUGCUCUUUUACACACUGUACUUCCCCAGGAUCUGGAAGUUCAGAUCGUCUCAAGGCAGGAGCUGCCAGUAAUGGUCCAGAGCUGCUGUUUACCUGUGGCAGUAAAGAAAGCUGAUAAUUUCUGUCGGGCAGGACUCUCUGUCACAUUAAGACACAUAAUCCAGAAAACAUAUGAAGCAGAUACAUCGAAGAAGGAAGUUUUGGAGCUGCUGGGUUUUAAGAAGACCUGUUUAAAAGCUUGUGCUGAAGUGAGCCAGUGGACCAGACUCUGUGAGCUCAGCAUCCCGCUGGCUGUGGAGAGAUUCCUAAGUGAGCCUCUCAAGCCCCAGUCCCCUAUCCCAGAGGAGAUGCUGCAGCUGGAGAAGAAGCUCAGGGAGCCUGUGAGAGUGCACAAUGAUGACAAAAUCCGUAGGCAAAAGCUGAAGCAGCAGCAGGAGGUGGAAGUACCUAGGCAGAGUCCUGGCUCUGGGCACCAAGGAGCGCUCGGAGAAAGUGCCAAGCCUCCCACAGAGAACCUAGAGCUCAGGGUGGCAUUAUCCAGGCUCAGAGUCCAGGAAGCCCCUGCUGAGACCCCUCGGGAGCCUGUGCACAUCAGGAAAAUGCAAACCUUGGAUCUGCCACCUCUGGACCAUCUCUUUGCAGAAGGGCUCUAUUUCACCCUUGCUGAUCUAGUCCUUUUGCCCUGUGUCCAUCAGUUUCUGGCUCACAUCUGCAAGAAGCGCUGUGGAAUUCUCGCACAUUUACCUCUGAUAGCUUCCUGGUACCAGAAGAUUCAGGAAGUGCCUGGAGUACAAAGAGCUGCAGCUAAAUGCAGGGUGCAAUUUCUUCAGUUGUCAGACCUCCUGCCCACCUUGGAAAAGCAGCCACCAAUUUUGAGGGAGAGUCCUGAAAUGGAGGAGAAAAACUGCAUGCAUUUUAUAGGAGGACCAAGGCCAACCAUUUCCAAACUAAUGAAAAAGGGCAUUGAGGCAAAACUUUCUCCCCAUCCCUGCCCCACCUGGACCCUUGAUUGGAGCAGUCUGCCUGCAGCAGUAAGUCCAGAGGAGGGCAAGAUGUCCACUGAACGUGCUUUGCGAAAACAGCAGCAAUUAAACAACCUGGUCUCUGUGGUAACAAAUAUGGCUAAACCUGGUGACAUCGUUGUGGAUUUCUGCAGUGGUGGGGGACAUGUUGGGAUUGUUCUUGCUCACGUGCUGCCGUCAUGCCAGGUGGUAUUGAUUGAAAACAAGGAGUUAUCAUUAGUACGAGCUAAGAAGAGAAGUGAUGACUUGGGUCUGAGCAACAUUUGGUUCAUCCAAGCAAAUCUGGACUAUUUUACAGGGAAGUUUAAUAUUGGGGUGGCUUUACAUGCUUGUGGAGUGGCCACAGACAUGGUAAUUGAACAUUGUACCAAGACUCAGGCUGCCUUUGUUACAUGCCCUUGCUGUUAUGGUUUCAUUCAGAACACCCUGAAGUUUACAUUUCCACGAAGUGAACCAUUCAAGGAAGUUUUAUCCUACAAGGAACACAUGAUUCUUUGCAGAUUUGCAGAUCAGACAGCUGUCCAGCUACCUCAAGAACGAAGACUAAUAGUUCCAGUGAAAAACAACAGAUUCUGAAAAUGACCAGGAGAAAGACCUUCAAAUGUGAAAGAAAGGAAAUUCAAAUAACUCAACUGUUCCUCACCCACCAGAAACCACAGAAGGACAAAGGAGCUCAAGAUGAAACGUACACAAGGUGACAUACCCUGCAAAUCUGAACCUAAUCAAUGCAAAAAGAUGGAAUUUCAGUGAAAGAGGCUUCUAAGUUAUUCCUACCAAAAAAAUGAGAGAUCAUUUGCUUUGCAGACACUGCAGUCAAGAGAAAUACAGGAAAGGUUUAAAAAAUACAGCAGCUGAGAAAGACACAAGCAAGUAAGAAAAUAAAUUACCCUCAGAAAAAAAGGGAAAGAAACUAGGCAGCAGAGAAAGACACCUAUAAAGUUAAAAAGAGCAACAACAAAAUUACAACAGAGGGACCAUUAAGAAAUUUCUUUUUAAAAAUACACAAGAAAGCAGAGGUGAAAGAAAUUAAAUUGAAGACAUAAUGGUGGAGAAACAGGCCCAAAACACAAUGGGCUAAACCUUACAACAUCUUGGCUAGAGGUGAAUCAGUGUUUGGGGGAAGACUCACAGUGCAGAACAGAAGAGCACAUAAAAGGAGGAAGGAGGAAGACCAGAGAGGUUGUUGAUGUGCCGUAAUCAAAUCAGUGGUGAACAAUGAAGAGAAGAUAAUUACUGUGGCCUCUCGGAAAGAAGAAUGGUGUGAGGUGGCCAAGGAUGGCAUUGAAGCGGGAAAACAAAGGCAGAAAUCUCAAUCCAGUGAUUAAAGGGGGUCCUAUGAAGAAAGCUCCCAUGGAAAAGAAAAGGAAAGAGCGUUUAUUUUAUUUACUUAUGACUACGUGCCAGGCAUUGUGCUAAGUGCU